UAUAUAGUACCUAAUUUGUAAUUUUCUAAUAAAUGUCGGGUUUUUUUACCUAUAGAAUAUUUUAUCUUGUUUAUAGAGUUCAAUGCAUUUUAAGGGUUGACCUGUAAAUUGAGGCCUACGUCAGUCACUUGUUGGUUUAGGUAGAUAGUUGCAGAUGUCAACUGAUUACCGUACGAACGCGCCAAACUCGCAGACGGCGUGGCACCAAAAUUUAUCAGUGGCCUAAAAACAAAUUGACCUUUGUUGUUAUUUAGAGUUUGUUAACUAAAAUAAAAUAGAAGGACCAAGACCACCCGCUGUCGAGUACACAUCUGCUUUUACCUACUUUGAAAGCAGCUGGACAUCGGCGUCGAGCUGUCUCAUAUUUAAAAAUCGGAACACCCUUACAAUCUUGUAACGUUAUACCUAAAUUUUCUUAGAAAUUACAAAAUUGAUCAAAAUGUUCACUUAAUAUCCUAUUAGGUAUCUGUUAUUUUGCAUAUAACAUAUAUAUUUUCCUCGUAAUUCAUUUUAGUACCUAACAAACUUAAUGAGAAGUGUGAUGCACACGUGUUACUAAUGCUUCAAUGUUACCAGAAAUGACAUAGAACGCAUGGAAGUCCAUAUUGGUUUUUUAACGUUUUAUUUUAUAUAAAAGUUUAUUUAUACUUUUCUCAUUGUAAGCCAAUAAGGUGCAUACUGAUAAGUUUCUUAACCACCGUAAUUCUAGGCAUUUGAAUCAAACGUUGCUCUUAUAUUUAAUGUUUUUUGCUCGUUAGCGUACACGUGGGUUAGAUAUACUCUAUCUAGUCAACAAAUGUUGUAUGCAUGACUUAAAUUUUUAGAAGGGUUGUUAAUAUAGUAUUGGAAUGUUAACAUUGUAGUGUUGUGCAGAACCUCCAGUUCGGGUUUCUUAUUAAAGGUAUUGUCAAAAAUGUGGUUUUCAGAAAUACAAAACCACGCCCUUUUGACCAAUACAACCCCUCUACCUAGCACGGACGCCUAUUUGUCUGCCGAUUUCUUCAGUCACACGUGUAUGUGUACAAUACAUCAACUACCCUUCGGAGACCUUGUGGUCAUUUUACUAUCAUCUCUUGUUCAGUUUAGUUGCCAUAGUUAAGUGUGAAUACGCGAGUGUCUAAUAAUCAUUUGUACAUGUAUACUUCUCAAACUUACACUGGGAUACUUAUUACUUCAAACACGAUGAUUCUUAUUCUAUUGUUACUAUUAGCCAUGUUAAAUAAUGGAUUAGCAAUGAUUACGGGAUAUGAUAUUCAAUUGGCGGAAAAAAAUUUAUUGAUGAAAUUAGGAUUGAGUAAAAAGCCUGUAGUGGACAAACAUUUAAACAUACCAUAUGCCACGAUGGAUCUCUAUAGGAAUAUGCUAAGAGAACAUAGGGAAACGACAAAUUUGCCUCUUCCGGGUUUGCAUACGACGUCUGCUAAUACUGCCAGAACUUACAUUGAUAAAGGAUCUAUGCCAUCAAAUCCAAAAUCUCAAAAAUACCGGUUACAAUUUGAUAUAAAACCUUUACCAGAAAAUGAGUUAGUUAAAGCAGCCGAACUCAGACUUAACAUUGUAGAUAAUUAUUUAAACUAUAAUUACAUUCAUGUAUUAAUUCAUGACAUUAUUCAACCUGGUGUAAAGGGACAAUCAAAACCCAUUCUCAGACUUAUGGAUUCAAAAUCAAUAAACAUGACUGACGUUUCGCCAUCAGAAUACAUCAGCUUCGAUGUAACACCAGCUUUAGAGAGGCUAGCAGAAGAAAAAUUUGAAAACAAUCAUGGCAUACUAAUACAGUGUGUGACGUCUGUCGGUAGAGUACCGCUUAAUGAUAUGUUCGAUUUUCAAUCAACCGACAAACCCAUACUUAUGUUGUAUACAGAUGACGGAACAAAUAAGGAAAGAACUCUAUCAAAGUUAAGAUACAAGAGAGCAGCUCAUGAUGAGCCAAAUUUAAAAAAAUCUAAGAAGAAGAUAUGUCAAAGGUAUCCACUAUAUGUCGAUUUUAAAGAAGUCGGAUUCAGCGACUGGAUUCAAGCACCUCAAGGAUAUGAUGCUUACUAUUGUCAUGGCGAAUGUACUUUUCCAUUAGCCAAUCACAUGAACGCUUCAAACCACGCUGUCAUGCAGACUCUAAUGAAUUCUAUUAACCCAGUGGCCGUACCACGAGCUUGUUGCGUACCAACUAAAUUAAGACCACAGACGUUACUGUAUGUGGAUGACGAAGGUAAAUUGGUUGUGAAAAAUUACCCUGAAAUGGCAGUAGAAGAAUGUGGAUGUAGAUAAAGUCGACUUUAUAUUUUAAUAUUGUAUUAUGUGUAUAAUAAUGUAAAUCUUGUAUAUAACUAAUUUAUUUAUGUAAAUUUAAAUAUAACGUUACUUCCGCCUAAAUAGCACAUAUUAUCAAUUAAAUGUUUUAAAUUAUAAAAAGUACAAAACUAUUUUGAAGCAAUCAAAUGUAAACAUUUAAACAAUUUUAAUUGGAAAAUAUGAAUUGCAAAUAGAUUUAGCUAUCAAUUAUAUUUUAAUUCGGAAUUAUGUGCUAUUUACUAACGGCCAAUGAGAAUUUAAGACGUUGUCUAUCUAGUCGAUAUAAAUAUUUAAUGUUUAUAGUACCUUUACGGUAGUAUAGACAUAAUAUUUAAUAUUUUUGUAUAUAAAAUAUUAUAAUUUGACAUAACACAAUUUUGUUAUAUUACCUUAUUGACUAACUAUUUAUUUUUUGUUAUUGUUGUUGAACUGU